AUGAGGCUCUCAAUCCGAAUCGGUGCUGCGGCAGCACUUAUCGUCAUCACAGUCCUCCUAUUCAAUCGCAGUCUCCGAACGGAGAGCGAACACCUAAAAGAUCUCCUGCAUUUCGACACAGGCUCCUUCCGGACCUCCCUGAAGCCCAAGCCGGAGGAUGACUCGAGCGCUCACCGGAAAUGGCGGGUGGCAUCGGAUAACAAACCCGCCUUGGUCUACCAGACCACCGACAUUCAGGUACCCAACCAAGGUGCCAUUGUCAUGGGCAAGCUGAAGGAGGAGGACACCUCGUGGGUGUCGGGAGAAUUGGCCGAAUGGCACGGAAUUAUCUACACGGUUGACGACACCAACGUCCCCAUGCACACCCCGAAGAACAAGGGCCGCGAGGCUCUCCCCUACCUCCAAUUCCUCGUCGACCACUACGACGAUCUCCCCGAAGUAGUCGUUUUCCUGCACGCCCACCGGGACGGCUGGCCCGCCGGCUGGCACAUCGACACAAUGGAUCUCAGCAACGUGGACUCAGUGCGCGCCCUGCAGAAGGACUUCGUCCAGCUCGAAGGCUUCGUCAGUCUGCGCUGCCAGCUGAGUCCCGGCUGCCCCGACGCCAUCCAACCCUUCCGCCAGCCCCCGAAGCUGGAAAACCCCGGUGAAGCGCACUACGCGGCAGCCUGGAAGUCGCUGUUCCCCAACGAGAGAGUCCCCGCUGAAAUCGCUGCCCCGUGUUGUUCGCAAUUCGCCGUUUCCAAGGAGCAGAUCCUCAAGCGUCCUCACUCGGACUACAAGCGCAUGUACGACUGGGUGAUGAACAAUGACCUCCCCGAUGAAGUCACCUCCAAUAUCAUGGAAUAUUCUUGGCACAUCAUUUUCGGCAAGAACCCUGUCUUCUGCCCUGAUAUGUACCAAUGUUACGCAGACGUCUACGGCGAAGAAGUCGUCUUCAAUUAA